CGAGGGUUUGAUGACACACUGAACUGUGUCCAACGCCAGAUUCCUUACACAAACAGAGGAGAGCGAGCAGAGCCAUGGGGAAGACAGGUGGAAGAGGGGACUUUGAGUGGGUCUACACUGACCAGCCGCACACCUCCAGGAGAAAAGAAAUCCUAGCCAAAUAUCCAGAGAUCAAGGCCUUGAUGGGUGCAGACCCUCAGCUGAAGUGGGUGGUAUCCGGCAUGGUCCUGACCCAGCUUCUGGCCUGCUACCUGGUCCACAACCUUCAUUGGAAGUGGGUCUUCUUCUGGGCCUAUGCCUUUGGAGGGUGCAUUAACCACUCCCUGACUCUGGCUAUUCACGACAUCUCCCACAACGUGGCCUUCGGGAACAAGCUGGCAAAGUGGAACCGCUGGUUUGCCAUGUGGGCCAACCUGCCCAUUGGGCUGCCCUACUCUGCCUCCUUCAAAAAGUACCACAUUGACCACCACCGGUACCUGGGGGGGGACCAACUAGAUGUGGACAUUCCAACAGAUUUGGAGGGAUGGUUCUUCUGCACGCCGGCCAGGAAGCUCCUCUGGCUCUUCCUGCAGCCAUUCUUUUAUGCCUUAAGACCGUUGGUGGUCAAUCCUAAACCCGUGGGUCUGAUCGAGAUCCAGAACACGGUAGUUCAGCUCUUAGCAGAUGCAAUCAUCUUCUAUUUCUGGGGGCUGAAGCCUAUCGUUUACCUCAUUGCUGGAUCUAUUUUGUGCUUGGGGAUCCAUCCCAUCUCUGGACACUUCAUAGCAGAGCAUUACAUGUUUCUGAAGGGACACGAGACAUAUUCGUACUAUGGAUCACUGAACUUGAUCACCUUCAAUGUUGGCUAUCACAUGGAACACCAUGACUUCCCCAGCAUACCUGGCAGUAAACUACCUCAGGUCAAAAAGAUCGCAGCAGAAUAUUAUGACUCCCUGCCGCAGCACACCUCCUGGUUCCGGGUUCUGUGGGACUUUGUGUUCGACGACAGCAUCGGUCCUUAUGCUAGAAUCAAACGGGAAUACAAGCUAAGCAAGCUGGAAUAGAUUUCUAGUUAUAUUUAAACAGAAAAGUGAAUUAAAGUUGUUGAACUACUACGUAACUGCAGAGAAAUAAAUGUCUAGUAAUUGAAAUGUUUUUUCAAGUUUUGAUGAUGUCACUGAAAGAAAAACAUGUUGUUUUUGUGCUCUGCAAAAAGAUUAAUCUUCUCUUUAGAGUUGUAAACAUGCAUAGUGGUAAACAUGCACAGCUGUCGGGAACAGGAAGAGAAAAAGAAAAGAUGGUUAUCUAUUUGCAUUCGUGCUUUCCUGCAGAAAGAUGGCCCAUCGCUGUGACGUCUGCUCGUAGCCGGAAAUAAGAAUAAAGAUCUCCUAAUUUGUGGGUGGAGGUUGCAUCUAAAAUAAAGGUCGCAUACAUUGUCAUGAUGUCCACCGGAGAUGUCACCACUUUCCUCCUCCUCCUAAGAGUGUUUUAGUCCCAUGUUACUAAAAAAUGAUUCAUUCUUGUUAUGCAGAAAGGAGCUGAAGAGGAAUCAAGCGUUGACACUUUGAAAAAGAGGAGCGUUUCUUCAGUGAUUCUCCAUUCUGCUGUAAACCAUCUGAUUCUGACUGCAGCCACAAAACCAAAAUGAAUUGAAGCUUGUUUUUCUCUGAAUCCGUCAGGAUUUCUUUUCUGAUUAUAUUUUUUAUAUUCUUAAAUAUUCCGUCUGUUUAUAACCACCUUUUUUUUUUUUUUUUACCACAAGUCUAAAUAUUCUUUUAUUAAUAUUAAUAAAUAUGUUUGUGAUGCUGCUUUAUUGUUUUGAUUGGUGUGUAGAAAGAAGCCCCUUGUGGCUGUGGUUCUGGUGUCUGAAAACACAACGUGAAAAAUACGAGCAGAUCAGGAGUUGCGAUGAACAGUUUGAAAUAAAGAUUUUAUUCUUCUCA